AUUCAGUCUUAUCUGGGUUGCGCUAUAGACAUGAUAAGCCUAAUAAUACAUCUGAAUUUAACAUCCUGUUCCUUAAAAGCAAAUAGUACCUCCUCUACAGUAACAACAUAUCAUAUACCGCAGUCACAAUGACAGUCACAGAUACAGUCAGUCCCGAUGCUAUCAGAGCUAUGUUCGCCUCUGCCCUCUCGAGCAUGUAUCGACGUGAGGUUCCUCAAUACGGCACACUCCUCAAGCUUGUAUCCGAUAUCAACCACCAAACACAUCAACCCAUCGAACCUCGUAUCGAGGUUGAACGCCAUGGAGCUAUCAGACUUGGAACACCAGAAGAGCUAGCCAUAAUGCGGCGCUUAUUUGCUGUAAUGGGCAUGCAUCCUGUUGGCUAUUACGACCUCACUGUCGCCAAUCUCCCAGUUCACGCCACGUGCUUUCGACCUCUCACACAAGAAGCUCUGGCUUAUAACCCAUUUCGGGUAUUUACAUCGUUAUUGCGGCUUGAGCUCAUCGAAGAUGAGACACUUCGGACACAGGCGGCUGAUAUCUUGCGAAAACGCAACAUCUUUACACAGCGCUGUGUGGAAUUAAUCGAACAAUUCGAGUCGCAAAAGCAUUUCUCAGAAUCUUCUUCAGAAGAAUUCAUAAAAGAAGCUCUGGAGACAUUCCGAUGGCACAAAACAUCAACAGUAGACAUGAAAACAUACAAAGCUCUCCGAAAAGCACAUCCCUUGAUCGCAGACGUCGUCUGUUUCAAAGGACCUCACAUCAACCAUCUCACACCUCGAGUGCUCGAUAUCGAAACAGCACAAGUUGAAAUGCUUCGAUAUGGCCUUCAAGCCAAAGACGCCAUCGAGGGACCUCCACCAAGACUUUGUCCUAUUCUCCUUCGCCAGACAAGUUUCCUAGCCCUUGAUGAAGCGAUUGCUUUUUCUGAGGGAGAAGAAACGGGAGGAAGCCAUAAGGCGAGGUUUGGGGAGAUUGAACAGCGAGGAAUGGCUUUGACGCCAAAGGGAAGACGUCUAUAUGAUGAUCUUAUCAAUGAGUGGCGGGGAUCUGUGGCCAAGCUCACGUCUGAUGCUAAGCCUGGUUCGAAGGAGCAAAUUCUUGCAGAGGUUUUCCAGAAGUUCCCUGAUGAUUUGGAAACUAUUCGAAAAGAGAAACUUGCAUACUUUACAUACAAUGCUGUUUCUAAGCUGUCGAAAGACUCUGGUGCGAGUAUCGACAGCCUUAUCAGUUCUGGAAUUAUCAAGGUCGAGCCGAUCACAUAUGAGGACUUCUUGCCAGUUAGUGCAGCUGGAAUCUUUCACUCAAACCUAGGGGAAGAUGGCGGGUUGAGUCAUGUUGCAGAAGCGGAUCAAGGCUCCUUCGAGAGAAGUCUUGGUUGUCAUGUCAAGAAGGAAUUUGACCUGUACAGUGAGAUGCAAGAAGGGUCGAUUCGAGAAUGUUUGGAGAAGUAAUGGGUUAUGAAUGAUGACUUUGUUAAUUUAGCGACUUAUGGAAUGAUAUAUUGAUAUAAAUAUAACU